CGCGACGGGCAGCCGGGCACGCGGGCAGCCGGCUCGGGCCCCUGUUCGCUCAGCUCCGUGUCCCCGGCGCCGGGCAGCCGGCGAGUCUGGAGCCCGCGCCUUCGCCGGCCGCGUCCUCCGGACAUGGAAGGAGGCGGCAAGCCCAACUCCUCGUCCAACAGCCGGGACGAUGGCAACAGCGUCUUCCCCGCCAAGGCGCCCGCGACGGGCACGGGGUCGGUCGUGGCCGAGAAGCGCCUGGGCACCCCGCCGGGGGGCGGCGGGGCCGGGGCCAAGGAGCACGGCAACUCCGUGUGCUUCAAGGUGGACGGCGGCGGCGGCGGCGGCGAGGAGCCGGUCGGGGGCUUGGAGGACGCCGAGGGGCCCCGGCGGCAGUACGGUUUCAUGCAGAGGCAGUUCACCUCCAUGCUGCAGCCCGGGGUCAACAAAUUCUCCCUCCGCAUGUUUGGGAGCCAGAAGGCGGUGGAGAAGGAGCAGGAAAGGGUUAAAACUGCAGGCUUCUGGAUUAUCCACCCUUACAGUGAUUUCAGGUUUUAUUGGGAUUUAAUAAUGCUUAUAAUGAUGGUUGGAAAUCUGGUCAUCAUACCAGUGGGAAUCACAUUCUUUACAGAACAAACAACAACACCAUGGAUUAUCUUCAAUGUGGCAUCAGAUACAGUUUUCCUUUUGGACCUGAUCAUGAAUUUCAGGACUGGGACUGUCAAUGAAGACAGUUCUGAAAUCAUCCUGGACCCUAAAGUGAUCAAGAUGAAUUAUUUAAAAAGCUGGUUUGUGGUUGACUUCAUCUCAUCAAUCCCAGUGGAUUAUAUCUUUCUUAUUGUAGAAAAAGGAAUGGACUCGGAAGUUUACAAGACAGCCAGGGCACUUCGCAUCGUGAGGUUUACAAAAAUUCUCAGUCUCUUGCGUUUAUUACGACUUUCAAGAUUAAUCAGAUACAUACACCAGUGGGAAGAGAUUUUCCACAUGACGUAUGAUCUCGCCAGUGCAGUGGUGAGAAUUUUUAACCUCAUUGGCAUGAUGCUGCUCCUAUGCCACUGGGAUGGCUGUCUUCAGUUCUUAGUGCCACUACUGCAGGAUUUCCCACCGGAUUGCUGGGUGUCUCUAAAUGAAAUGGUGAAUGACUCUUGGGGAAAGCAAUAUUCAUACGCACUCUUCAAAGCGAUGAGUCACAUGCUGUGCAUCGGGUAUGGAGCCCAGGCCCCCGUCAGCAUGUCAGACCUCUGGAUCACCAUGCUGAGCAUGAUCGUGGGCGCCACCUGCUAUGCCAUGUUUGUGGGCCAUGCCACGGCGCUAAUCCAGUCUUUGGACUCCUCAAGGCGUCAAUACCAAGAAAAGUAUAAGCAAGUGGAGCAAUACAUGUCAUUCCAUAAGUUACCAGCUGACAUGCGUCAGAAGAUACACGAUUACUAUGAACACAGAUACCAAGGCAAAAUCUUCGAUGAGGAAAACAUUCUCAGUGAACUCAAUGAUCCUCUGAGAGAGGAGAUAGUCAACUUCAACUGUCGGAAACUAGUGGCCACAAUGCCUCUUUUUGCUAACGCGGACCCUAAUUUUGUGACUGCCAUGCUGAGCAAGUUGAGAUUUGAGGUGUUUCAGCCUGGAGAUUACAUCAUACGAGAAGGAGCUGUGGGUAAAAAAAUGUAUUUCAUUCAACAUGGUGUUGCUGGUGUCAUCACAAAAUCCAGUAAAGAAAUGAAGCUGACAGAUGGCUCUUACUUCGGAGAGAUUUGCCUGCUGACCAAGGGCCGCCGUACUGCCAGUGUUCGAGCUGAUACAUACUGUCGUCUUUAUUCACUUUCUGUGGACAAUUUCAAUGAAGUCCUGGAGGAAUAUCCAAUGAUGAGAAGAGCCUUUGAGACGGUUGCCAUUGACCGACUGGAUCGGAUAGGAAAGAAAAAUUCAAUUCUUCUGCAAAAGUUCCAGAAGGAUCUUAACACUGGUGUUUUCAACAAUCAGGAGAACGAGAUCCUGAAGCAGAUUGUGAAACACGACAGGGAGAUGGUGCAGGCAAUCGCUCCAAUCAAUUAUCCUCAGAUGACAGCCCUGAAUUCCACGUCUUCAACUACUACUCCGACCUCCCGCGUGAGGACACAAUCACCGCCCGUGUACCCAGCGACCAGCCUGUCUCAUAGCAACCUGCAUUCCCCCAGUCCCAGCACACAGACCCCCCAGCCGUCGGCCAUCCUCUCCCCCUGCUCCUACACCACUGCCGUCUGCAGCCCUCCUGUACAGAGCCCACUGGCCACUCGAACUUUCCACUACGCCUCCCCGACUACUUCCCAGUUGUCACUUUUGCAGCAGCAACAGCAGCAAUUACAGCAGCCCCAGCCACCGCAGACCCAGCAGCAGCCCCAACAGCCACAGACACCCAGCAGCUCCACGCCGAAAAGCGAAGUGCACAAGAGCACGCAAGCCCUGCACAACACCAGCCUGACCCGAGAGGUCAGGCCGCUCUCAGCCUCACAGCCCUCGCUGCCCCAUGAGGUUGCCACCCUGAUUUCCAGACCUCAUCCCACUGUGGGCGAGUCCCUGGCCUCCAUCCCUCAACCCGUGACAGCUGUCCACAGCACAGGCCUUCAGCCAGGGGGCAGGGGGACUGUCCCCCAGAGAGUCACCCUGUUCCGACAGAUGUCAUCGGGAGCCAUCCCCCCCAACCGAGGGGUUCCUCCUGCACCUCCUCCACCAGCAGCCGCUCUUCAGAGAGAGUCUCCUUCAGUCUUAAAUACAGACCCAGAGGCAGAGAAGCCACGGUUUGCUUCAAAUUUAUGAUCCCUGCUGAUUGUCAAAGCAGAAAGACUGAUAAACUGAGAACACUCUCGGAUAUUAUUUUAUUCUAUAUCCUGAUAUUUCCCUAUAGCCUACUAUGAAGAGAUAUUUUAGACAGCUCUGGCCUACAUGCAAAAUGUAAAAUAUAUAUAUUACAUUUAAUAUAUAUAUUAAAUAUAUAUAUAUCUAAAAUCCCAAGAGAAGUUCAAAAGACUUGUUUAGCAUUCAGCGUUAUAUGUCUUCCUUUCUUUAAAUCAUUAAAAGAUUUAAAAUGUUGUUGUAAGAUUAUUUAUUUUUAACCUGCUUUUACUUAAUUCCUUUGAUAUAUAUAUGUGUGUGUGUGUGUGUAUAUAUACAUAUAUACACACACAUAUAUAUGUAUUUCUCCAUUUUAUGAAGAGUUCUUGGAUUCAAUGGAAACAAAACUCUGAUUUUAAAAAGGCAACUCAAGUGAGCUACUGAACAGCACCAAUCAAACUUCUUUCAUUAGCUGUGUCUCUGCAUCUAAGUUGUUAAUUAUUACUUAUGAGGAUUAAAUAGCAAAUCCCAUUUUGUAGAUCUAAAUUGUAUUUUGGUGCUUUCAAUUUUGAAUUAGGUUACAGAAUAAAUUAUAUGCUUGGCCACAUAGGACACUAGCAUUGCCACUAUUAUGAAUAUCUCUAACCUCAAACAUUUUCAUCGAUCUUUCAGAAAGCGAGGGGAUAUUUCUCUUCAUGUGUUAUUGGACUUUUACCAAGACUCAAUCAAUGUUAGUUGUAAAUAACUUUUUCAACCCAAAUGAAAUAGCUAUUCCGUGCUGUAUGAAGGUAAAAUUCAUUGCUUAAGAAUUUCGUUUUAUUGCUUCACUUCAAAACUUAGUUUUAAAUUUUACAAAACUGAAUUGUGACAAUUAUUCAACUGUAAUGCAAUGGCUUGACACCUACAAUGUUAUUUUAACUUGCGAUGUUUUAUGCGAAAUUGUAUGCUCGAUUCUACAAAUGGCUUGUAUUACACCAAAAACCAUUACUUUUCUUCCUUCUUGCCAUAAUCAAGCAUCUGAAAGUAGUCCCUGCAUGCUUUUGGGGGGGAAAAAUAGGUUCAAAGCAGUCAUUGUAGUGAAAGGCUUACAGUAUUUCUUGUUUUCAGAAAAGUAUAACCAUUCAUUAAUUGCCUAUCUUAAAAUUCCUAUAAGGCUGACUUGGAUCUCUGACUUAAGUCUAGAAGUGAGGUUUUUCACUUUCAUUUAAGAUUAUUACUAUUAUUGUUAUAAUUAUUACCACUAUUAUUAUUUAAAUAAUGAUUUGUAAACCACGGCUUGAUUUGGAGUUGCCAGUGUGUUCUGUCUUCACUGUAGUUGGCAGUUUAUGUGGUGUUCAUUUAAAGAAAUAAAUACACUACAGCAUCAUGUCUGUUUGGGAACACACAAUUUGCUCUCUGUAUAUUGUAACUGAAUGGUUAGUAAAUCUUGAGGCAUGGGGUGACUAACAUAGCCCUUAGAUAAAACAUUUGUUAUUUUAAUGUGCUGAGAAAAGUACAGACAUGGUGACAGAAAGCAGGGGGUCAAACCGAAUGUCUGUGAACCUUGUUUGUUUGUCUAUUUCCUUAAUUCUUUCCAUGAUCUGUGAGCAUCUUCUUCUCAGAGGAGUCCCUUAGUAAUCAUUUGUGCCUAUUGCAUCCCACGAAUGUGGUGGGUGACUGGAACACAAUGGGAAGUUUCCUAAUAACCAACUUCUGUAAAUAACCCAAGUUAAGACAAUGACAUAAAGUGGAGGUCUUCUGUAUCUUUGACAGUGGUGAUACGAAGAACUUAACAAAGACCACACAUUAAAUGGGGAGGGCGUCCAGAUAGACUUGAGGACAGAAAACAAAAGCAAAAAAUUCUAACAUGGAUUUGUGCUGCCUGUUAUGCCUUUUAUGGAAAAAAAUAUCUAUAAUACCAAAAUGAGUUAUGUUUCAUUUCUGACAGAUCCCAGCUUUUAUGGAAGUGAUCAACAAUGCCAGUCAAUGUAAUGUUAUCAUGAAUAUGCUGGUGACAUUGGAUGACGUGUCAGGAAUGGUGUAAGAAAGGAAUUGUGCGCUCUACCUAGAACCUAUGGGGAAGCUGCAAGACCAUUUACAUAUCAGUACAAAACUCCUUUAUUUUAUUAAACGAUUGAGAAUUAACUUAAAUUUAUGAAGAUCAUGUAUUGGUCCUUUAAAUUAUUAAAGGUUUACAUUUGAUAGGACUAAUGAAUUUGGUAGUGAAAUAUUUUUAUAUAUACAUAUAAAUUUUUUUUGUUGUUUUUAUUUUGAGCACUAUUGGGAAGCAUAAGCAAAAUUGAAUUGCAUGGUCUUUCAGUGCAACCAUAAAGUUUUUAUUCACUUUGUAAUAGAAUGGACAAAAAGUUAAGGUUUAUAUGUUAAACUAAUAAAGUGGUACAGGGUAAAUUAUAUACAUAUAUAUGUAUGAAUAUAUAUAUACUUAGGUAAAGAAAAAAAUUGACUCACAUUCCUGUAAUAUAAAAGUCAGUUGCUAGUUGAAAAGUGACCUCUUUUCUCUGUACAUAGUUUUAAGCCCAUGAGUAUGGAGUUUUAAUCUGUACAGAAAGAAAUGUAUUAUUGAAAAGAUUGGUCUUUUUACUGCUGGGAAAAUAGUAGAAUAGCUGAUUCUUACAACUGUAUGAUCAGGGAUGAGUUAGAGUAUUUCUUUUGUCUUUGCUCAAAGCCAUACAUAUAUAAAUAUAUAAAGAUUAUUAAUAAAUUCAACAAAAAUAAACUAAAAUGAAUAUUUUGUUUUAUGAACAUAUUCCAAUCAAACAUUGUUUUAUUAACGAGUACAGAUUUGCCUCUGUCUUUCUAUCUUUACAUCAUACAAUUUCCAAGAGGGCCUAUACAUGAUAAUCAUUAUAAAAUCAAUUAUAGAUAUUCUGUAACUAUAGAAAGAAAGGAAUUUAAAUAGAACAUGGGUUUUCCAGCUAUUCCUAUGUUAUACUUCUUCUUUAUGGUAGAAAUUGAGGGGUUUUUUUGUUUGUUGGUUGGUUUGUUUUUUGCUCUGUAAUUUCUUAGCAUAUGGUUUUCCAGUUUCAAAACACAGAUAUUUCUGUAGAAUUAUUAGAUAUGAGAAUGAGAAACAAUUGCCCUGUAAUAUACAUACACAAACCUAUAUCACAAUAGCUACAGGCCUUGUAAAGAUUCUGUAGGGAUAGAACCUCCCUAUACAAGUGGCUUUUCAAUCAGUCCUACAAGCCUGUGAUAAAGUUUAUUACAAUGAGUGAAGGAUUCUUGAAAACUAUAAGAUAAAUGGCAGGAAUGACAGUAGAUUUUAUUCAUCACAUAAAUAGCCUGUUUCCGGGUGUCAGUGACCACUCCAUAAAUGAACGAUUCCCUGAUGGAUGCUGAUCCACUUUAAAGAGGUGGUUAUUUUGCCAUUUACAAACUUAAAUGAGCAGGACGUUACAAAGUACACAGUCCAGUUCACUAGAAUAAUUCCUAAAGAACUUGGGUGAUUUAAACAACAUGACGUGUUUUCAAUUUUAGAUGUAUUAUUUCAAAUCCUGAAUUACUGACACAUCAAAAUACAAAUCAUCUCUAUAAUCAUUCAGGCUAUUUUUGAGGUCUCCAUGCCUUCUUUUCCAACUUCUGUAUUUAUACUUGUUAAUUUUACUAUGCUACUUUGUUUCUACGGACUCACUUUCAUCAUUUGUUACAUUAAGCUGUUUGAACACAGUAUCUCUUUCUUAUACCUCUAUCCUUCUAGAAUAUGUGUCAUAAAACACAAGUGUGGUUAUUUUGUUCACAUGCACUACACAUAGCGAAGAUUUUUACAUGUUCUGCCUAUUUGAAAAAUUAUCCAUACUUUUCAACAUGAAAGAAAUGGUCAAAAAUUUAAGCAAGUGUGACUGUCUGUAUGCACUAAAUUAGCUCAGAUCUAUGACUUUAUUCAGCACAUCGUUUUUCCAGGAAAAUAGGAUGGGACAAAGAAGAUUUGCCAUUGUACUCAGGGUUAGGUCCACCUGCGAUGGGCACUUGAAAGCAGUGACUUUUUGAAGCAAUUUUGAUUCUUUUCUUUUUAAGAAAUAGCAUCUAUUUGUUUUAUAAACUGGCCAACAAUGAAGUCAAUCAGGAAGAGAACCACUGUUUUUAAAAGGGAACUAAAGAAGGUAUAAAUGACCUUGCUGCAUUUGUUAAGAUUUAGGAUCCAAUUGGCCAGAGAGCCCAUAUUCCUCCUCCUCCCAAUGUGGAGUUUUUGACCAAAAGCCACAUUCCUUCUUUCUCCCAGAGCAAUCAACAUUUUCACUAAUAUUUGUCAUUUUGUUCUCCAUCAUUUCCUUCAGAGCUUUAAGGUCUGAAAAACAUGAGCUUCUCUGGUUAGGAAAAAAAAAUCCAUGGCACAGUCACAAAUCUGUUGCCAGAAAAAGCAAAUUUUAUUAUAGUCGUUUAGAAGAAAAUAUUUGUGAUUUUGUAAUGCUUGAUUGCUUUUCAGCUUUGACUACUCUCUCAAUUCAGUUCAAUUUGCUCCGAGUAUGAUAUUCUGAUGUCUAACAUAAUGAAGUGCUUAAUUUGAGAACUGUUAAAUAGUAUUUAAUAGAUAAACAGCUUCCAUACACUACAUAGCAUGUAGUCUCCAUACAUCUUUAUACCAAGAAUCAAACAUGUUUUAACUCUAUUGGCUUGCAAACAAAAUGGAAAGAUUCAAGAGUUAGUUCUCCUGGCAGUAAUUACCCUAAAAUGUUAAACACAUAUCCCAAAGAUACUUGCAUGAAUCAAACUAUGUUUGACCACCCAAUUCAGAACAGCUUCCAGGACCUGUAGCAAGUUUAAUUGAGUGUCCUUACCUGUGGAUUAUCUCUACGUGGUAAUAGUGACUCCCACUGGGACUCAACCAAAAUUCAUUGGAAGCCCUAUUUUCUUAAUACAAUACAUGACCUAGUUUGUCAUCACUGUUUGCACUACCAACAAAUGUGGUUAUUUUUAUGUGUGGCUCCUAAAUUCUCUCUGAGGUCCUUCUAGACAUGUUCCAAGAGCCUUUACAUAUGUACAGCUUCCAAAUUCAAAUUGUCAAGAUUCUAAAGAUUCUAGAGAUCUGUGAUAUUUACCUAUAAAGAUCUCAUAACAGUAUAGCUUUAUUUCUAAGCUAAGUUUUUUGUUUGUUUUUUCACUCAUAGAAGAACAGUGAUCAAAUCCAUUGAUUUGGGUUUGUUUUACAUAGUUUUCUUUUUAAAGGGAUGAUUAUUUCCAUGUGACAUUCUAUAGUUUUAUAAAUAAAUGGUAUUGACUUUAAAUUUCGUCAACUGAAACUCUCAGAGGAUAGCUUCUUUAAACUGCUAGCUGUAAUGAAAGUUCACUCUUUCUCAAGCUGCUGUAUUAGCCUUCACGUGAACCACAUAUUAAAUCUACAUGAUUCUGGUAAUUGCUCCAAGCUAUGAAGUUGGCAAAUUUUGAGACUUUAGCUAGUUUGUUAAAAACAAUUUCUCAGGUAAAAUGGAUUACAAACACAUGCCCAAGUUUUACUUCAAACUUGUUAAGAAAGUCCUGAGCAAGCCAAUUCAAGGAUUCCGUCUAGAUAGUACUAUUUUAUAAGAAGAAAAAAAAAAAAUUGGUAUAACAAUCACAUUUUAGAAAAUUAUCUGUAAAAUUAUUAACCUCUUUAUAAAUCUAAGUAUUAGUUCAGUGAGGAACUAAUUCCCACAAAGAUCUUAAUUUCUUGAAA